GUUUCCGUACGGAACAUUUAUGACGUUGUACCGCCCAUGCACAUGUUAACAGUGUAAACAAGGUAGCUAGGUAACUUCUACAUUAAGUAUCUCUGUCACAGCUGAUGGGCUGGUGGCAGUAAUUUAAUCUCAGAGAUUAUCUGAUAAUAAACAACAGAACAUCGCUUGGUGUAUAUAUUGUUGAUGAAAAAUGGCGUCCUCGGCGGUACACAGUGAUAGCGACGAUGGCAUGGACGAGUUCAUGGACAAAUUCAAGACACAGAGAUACAAAAAUGGCUUCAAUGAAGACACCUGGGAAGAGGAGUUCAAUAAAGUGCCAAUGUUCAUGAAAACUGCCCCUGAAGAGAUCGAUCCACGACAGUACCCAGAACUGGCUUGUAUCCAGGCUAUAGUCCACGAUGAAGACAGGCCUCCAGAGGAGCAAGCACAGAGCCUGAAAGAUGAGGGAAAUUCAUUUUUUAAAGAUAAGAACUACGAAAAGGCCAUCCUGGCAUAUACAGCAGGUUUGAAGAAGAAAUGUGGCAACCAGGACCUCGACACUGUUCUUCUGACCAACAGAGCCGCGGCACACUUCUAUCUCGGUAACAUACGCUCUGCACUGAAUGAUGCUGCAGCUGCAAAGAAGAUCAAACCAGACCACGUGAAAGCCUUGAUCAGAGGUGCUCAGUGUUGUAUAGAGCUGCGUAACUUUGCAGAAGCCACCCGGUGGUGUGAUGAGGGACUUAAAGCUCAUCCUACAGACAAGAAGCUGCAGGAGCUGAGAGCAGCAGCCGAUAAACACAAGAGAGCAGCAGACAGAGAUGCCAGGAAGGCCAAGGCCAAAGAAAAAAAAAUGCAUGGCGCGAAAGAAGCUCUUUUGGCUGCUAUAAAGGAGCGAGGCAUCAAGCUCUACCGGUCUGUGAAGCCUCCUCAGCGUGGUUCAGACAGUGAGGAUGAGGAUGAAGGCUCCUCGGCAGCGAUCGCAGAGCUGAGUCUGGAUGGCCUCAGCUCUCAGGAGGCGACGGGGGCUCAGGUCUUCCUGGACGAGCAGGGCUCCCUGCACUGGCCUGUUUUCUUCCUCUACCCUGAACAUCAACAGAGUGACUUCAUCUCGGCUUUCUGUGAGAGCAACUGUUUUAUAGACCACCUGGCUGUCAUGUUUGGAGAGGAACUUCCACCUUGGGACACGGACAGAAAAUAUCACCCGCAAAAUUUGCAGCUGUUCUUUGAAGAUGUGGAGAAAGAGACACUCUACCAAGUUGACCCAGAAACGACACUUUUGAAAGUGUUACAGCAUAAAAGGUUUUUUGUGAAGGCAGGUACUCCCAGUUUCAUCGUUUUGGUAAAAGGCUCAUCGUUCUGCAAGCAGUUUUUAACAGGAAAGAAAAUAUUGGGAUUGUAAAAAACCUCGGCCUUCAACUCUUGGACUUUUUACUACACAAAAUCCUCUUCAAUGCUAAAGGACUGACUUUGUUCUUGGAAAAGAUGCCCUGGCAAACAUGUAUGUCUAAAAGCAGGGCAUGCUGUACGACCCCACAUAUCAACAUAAAUGAAUAUAAAACAAAUAUGAAAACACA